AUGGCCAAAAUCCGGAAAAAGCCGCAGUUUGUGGCGGCGGCGUCGGUCAAUAACGCGCAAGGCCGGUGGAGCUCGCGAGCAAGUGCGGCUCUGGCGGGAGCAACAGUGGCAAACGAUCCACAGAGUGUGGCGCUGGUGGCAACAAGCACGGUGACCGGUGAGCUGGGGGAGAGCGUUGCGCGGCUAUUUCCAUUUGCGACGUUUAACGCGAUGCAGUCGCAGUGUCUCGAAGCGUGGUACGGAGACGGAUCGAUGGUUGUGUCUGCGCCGACGGGGUCGGGCAAGACUGCGGUGUUUGAUCUUGCGGUGCUGCGUGUAGUAGUGGGGUGGCGGAGUGGGAGUGGCUGCGGCGGCCCGCCGCCGGUAGCGGUGUACGUGGCGCCGACCAAGGCGCUGGUCCGCGAGCGGGUGAGGGCGUGGAGGGCCGGGCUGGCCGGACUAGCGACGGUGGUGGAGGUGUCGUCGGAUGGAGGCGGGGCCGGGGGAGGGAGCUUCCACAGCAUGCUGGAUCGGGGCGUGCGGUCGAGCGAGCGGGCGAUUGUGGUUGUGGCGACGCCAGAAAAGUGGGAGAUGUACACGCGAAAGAGGAGCGCGACGGUGUGCAGGCUCGAGGAGCGGCUUGUGCUCGCGAUGCUAGACGAGGUGCACAUGGUGGGCGACAGCGGACGCGGUGCUGUGCUCGAGGUUGUUGUCUCGCGGUUCAAGAUGUGCGGCGGCGCGUGUGGGCGCGGUGUGCGGUUUGUGGCAGCGUCUGCGACGAUUCCCAACGUGGGCGAGGUCGGGGCGUGGCUCGGGGUCUCGUCCAGCGGGGUGCUCGCAUUUCCGGCGAGCUACCGGCCUGUGCCGCUUGAGCUUGUAGUGCUAGGGACGCGUGUGGGGAACCGGUCGGGAUUCAUGUUUGAGCGGUCGCUCAACUACCGGGUGUUUGAGGUGCUGAUGGCGCACGGGCAGCGGCGGAGAGUGUCUGCGGGCGGCGGCAUGCUGCCGACGCUCAUCUUUUGCUCGUCGCGGAGCGGGGCGGCGGCGACUGCCAAGCACCUUGUGACGCACGACUUGGGCAGCGGCGGGGUGCUCGCGGGUGGUGCGCGCGGGGCGGCGCAGCGGGCGGCGCUGGACGCGGCGGCCGAGCGGGUGGGAUCGGCGGCGCUGGGCGCGGUGCUCCCGCUCGGGGUCGGGUUCCACAACGCUGGGCUAAGCGCGAGCGACCGGGCGACGGUGGAGGCACUGUUCCUGAGCUCUGAGCUCCCGAUUUUGUGUUCGACAACGACGCUUGCGCUUGGGGUGAACCUGCCGGCAGCGACGGUGGUGAUCAAGUCAACGCAGCGGUACGUUGGUGGGGCGUACGCCGAGUACUCUGCAAUGGAGAUGCUGCAGAUGGUGGGGCGGGCGGGGCGGCCCGGGUUUGCGGUGCAGGGCGAGAGCGCGACGGCGGUGGUGCUGACGGCCAACGAGAACGUGGGCCGGUACCGGCGGCUGGAGACCGGACACAUGGCGCUUGUGUCGCAGCUGGAGGCGCGGCUGCCCGAGGUGAUCAACACCGAGAUUGUGCUCGGGCGGAUCCGCGACGAGGCGAGCGGGGAGGCGUGGCUCCAGUCGACGUUUUUCCACGUCUCGCAGCUUGCAAGCGGAGCGAGCGCGGGGUACGACAGCGUCGUGGCGCCGUGCGUGGCGGAGCUAGCGAAAGCCGGGCUGGUGCGUGUGUGCGGCGACGGGCGGGUGGAGGCGUGUCCGGGCGGGCGAUUCAUGUCUGCGUUUGGCAUGCGGUUUGCGACGAUGGUGCAGUUUGACGGCCUAGGCGGGGAGAGCGGGAUGGAGGAGGUGCUUGCGGCGCUGUCACAGGCACGCGAGCUCGAAGAGGUGCUCCUGCGGCGAAACGAGAAGCGGGUACUGGCGAAGCUGAAUCUGGCGCGUGCGAGCAGCGGGGACGAGCUGCCGCAUCCGCUCGUGACGCGCAAGCGCGGACAGAGCGGCGGACGCGGACGGCGUGAGCGGACGAUCCGGUCCGAGGCCGACAAGGUCAACGUACUGUGGCAGGCGGCGCUGAGUGGGGUCAAGAUCGAAGCGCCGGGCCUGGCGCAGGAGGCGCACCGACUGGUGCAGAUCGGGGCGCGGCUGUCGCGGGCGCUGGUGCAGGUGCUUGUGCUCAAACUCGGGCGCGGGGGCGGACGCGCAGUGCUUGUGGCCAAGUCGUUCAAGGCCGGGCUGUGGCACUCGAGCGGACUGGGCGCGCGCCAGCUUGACGGAGUGGGCAUCCAGCUUGCGCGCAAGCUGCGCGAGGCCGGACUGGGCGGCGUGGCCGAGGUAGCCGCAGCUGUGCCCGGGCGACUCGAGUCUGUGUGCACGCGGCGGGCACCUUUUGGCGCCAAGCUGCGCAGUCAGGCAGCAGCGCUGGUGGAGGGCCACCGGGUGCGGGUGCAGGCGCGGGUGAGCGCGCUGCGGAGCGGGACAGGGCUUGCCGGGUGGGCCAUCGAGCUUGUGGCCGAGUGGCCCGGAUGGGCGGUGGGGAGCGAUGCCAAGGCGACGCUCCUUGCCGGCAUUGUGGAGACGAACGACGUGGUGGUGCUCGAGGCGGUGCAGGGGAACGAGCGGGUGGUGAGCGUGACGUACUCUGUGGACGAGGCAGCAGCAGCAGGCGCGGGGAGCGGAAGCAAGAUGACAAUGGCGGUCUCAUUCAUCUCGCAUGAGGUGGUCGGGGUCGACGCGGACAUACGGGUGCCACUCGGGGUCAUGCCCGGGGCGCGGAGCGAGAGCGCUGGCGGGAGCAUGGGGCGCGAGCUGCACGUGCAGCGGCGGCGGAAGCGGGUGACGGCCGAGGUGGGCGAGGGCAGCCGGGCGAGCAAGCGAGUCAAGAGCGGCGGCAAAGGUGAUGCGGGUAGCAGCGAAGGGAGGCACUCGUUCCGGCACUCGUUCCAGGUGCCGGCCAUGCCGCGCGGGCUGCGCGAGAUGGUGCGAGCACCGCCGCCGACGCGAGCGCAUCCAGCGGCGAUGCGAAGCGUACCGCGGUAG